AGCAGUUCGGAAGCGCUACCUUGAGCAUUGCUACAGUCUUACAACUGGGGACAUUUAGAACAACGUUAGUUUGUAACAAGUUGCCUGAGAUCGCUCUAAAAAGACAAGAUUGCUGUAGGUGUGACCCACAUCCGACACAAAGGAGAAUCACUCUAAAUGAGUGAUUGAAUCAGGCUUUGUAAUAAGGGGGAAGUAGUUCAGGGUGCAGUGAUGAGCUUCUUUGGUUUUGGUCAAAGUGCAGAAAUUGAUAUAGUGCUGAAUGACGCUGAAACGAGGAAGAAAGUCGAACACAAGACAGAGGAUGGGAAGAAAGACAAAUAUUUUCUGUUCUACGAUGGGGAAACAGUAUCUGGAAAAGUCAACGUAACCCUGAAGAGCCCAGGCAAAAGGCUCGAACACCAGGGCAUCAAGAUCGAAUUUAUUGGGCAGAUCGAGCUCUACUAUGACAGAGGGAACCACCAUGAGUUUGUGUCUCUGGUGAAGGACUUGGCAAGACCCGGUGAACUGACACAGUCUCAGACCUUUGACUUUGAGUUCACUCAUGUGGAGAAACCUUAUGAAUCUUACACUGGCCAGAAUGUCAAAUUACGGUACUUUUUGAGAGCAACCAUAAGCCGGAGACUGAAUGACAUCAACAAGGAGAUGGACAUUGUUGUGCACACGCUCAGUACAUAUCCGGAACUGAAUUCCUCGAUCAAAAUGGAAGUGGGCAUCGAAGACUGCCUGCACAUUGAGUUUGAGUAUAAUAAGUCCAAAUACCACCUAAAAGAUGUCAUUGUGGGGAAGAUCUACUUCUUGUUGGUGCGGAUUAAGAUUAAGCACAUGGAGAUCGACAUCAUCAAACGGGAAACCACAGGAACAGGCCCCAACGUGUAUCAUGAAAAUGACACGAUUGCUAAGUACGAGAUCAUGGAUGGAGCACCAGUGAGAGGGGAGUCCAUCCCGAUCAGGCUCUUCCUGGCUGGCUACGAGUUGACCCCAACCAUGCGGGACAUCAAUAAGAAGUUCUCUGUGCGUUACUACCUCAACCUGGUGCUGAUAGACGAAGAGGAGAGACGCUACUUCAAACAGCAGGAGAUCACACUGUGGCGGAAAGGGGACAUUGUGAGGAAGAGCAUGUCCCACCAGGCCGUCAUCGCCUCACAGCGCUUCGAGGGCUCUUCCAGUGCAGAGAAAGCACUGGCCCAGGCCAAGGAGGACAGCAACUGACUCCCGCCUCUGCCGUCCCAGCCUCUCACAGGAAAAGAGACCCUAAACUGCGCGUAUGUAAAAAGGGGGGGAGUGUGUGUUUGAGUGUGUGUUGGAGGUGCAGCGGAGGGGGGGGGGCUGCCGUGUUCCCCCUCCCCGCCCCCCGAAACCCUUCCAGACCCACAAACUUGCCAUCAACACCGGUGAGGGAGCCCUCUGUUUUAAUCACAGCUACUUAAUAAAGGGAUCGGAGAGACUGAGAGAAGACUGCGGGAUGAGUGCUUCAGCACCUUGCGGCGCGUAAAAGGAGAGGGAAAGAUACAUUUCCAUCAUGUGCUUUUAAUUCAGAUUGGCCCCCAGUGGGUCAUUUUAGCACCCUUAUGGAAAAGUAAUAUAUGUCAAUGUGUCUGAAACCUAAGGAAUAUAUUGCUGAUAUUGGAAAAUAUAUGAAUUAUU